GCUAAAAAGGAGCCCAUCAUCUCAGCGGUGGCCCUAUGAGUAGGGUGAACAUUGUUUGAACGUAGAGCGAGUAGUUUACGUUUCGUUUUUUUUUUAAAGAUCAAGAUCUAGUUUUCUAUUUAGGACUUUAGAAAAAGGGAAGUCAAAAUGGAAACGUGGAAACUGCUGGCUUUGAUUGCCGUUGUCUCUGCGGUUGUGUGUUACGUUCGGGGAUCAUCGGUGAGUGACGGCGAGGAGUCCUGGUCUGCGGAGAGCUGGCAGACCGAACCUUCCGAGACCAGCUUCACCAGCAAAGUUGCAGACCUAAUAAAAAGAUCCAAAUCGCAGCAGUUCUACGGCCUUAUGGGCAGGCGGUCAGGCAUCCAAGUACCUGCGCGUCAAGGACGAAAAAGAAAUAAAGGAGAGAUGUUUGUUGGCCUUAUGGGAAGGAGAUCAUCCAGUGGAGAGUUACAAGAGGAGUGGGACAAACCUCAGUUCUACGAUUACCCAUGAAAGAUAUGAUAAAGUUAUUUAACGAUAUUUCUCUUUAAUUACCUUUGUCUUUUGUUGGCAGCCCAUCAGAAUUAUGCAAUCAAUUCCGAAACAGUUUCAUGAGAAAUUAAUGUAACAUUAACAAGCGGGAAAAUGUAACAACAGGAUUUGUAAUCUAUGGUCGUCUUUAUAUUCUCCUUUGGCAUUUCUCCAAGUGGAGAAACACGCUUUCAAACUGUCCUACAUCCAUUUACAGUCCACUGACAAGCAAAAUUAUUGUAUGAUUAUUCACUAAU